AUGUUCAUGGGAUAUGUCGGCUGGAACGGUGCCACCGACGUGACGGCGUGGAUGGUGUAUGCGGGUGCGACCAACACCUCGUUGAAAGCGGUCGGUCGAGCGAUGAAAUUUGGCUUCGAGACCGAGUUUGCCGUUCCUAACGACGCCGCGUCUGUGCAAGUGGGCGCGAUCGAAAAUAAUGGCAACAACGUAGUGCGAAAGUCACGGGUCGCGGCUGUGGGCAAAUAG